AUGGCGCCCUCACCCCUCCAACAGAGAAGAACGCAUAAUACGCUACUUUUUCAGAAAUUGCUGAAUUUGAGAGAUGGAGCUAGUCCGCUGACGCUGGUAUUGGAUACGUUGGAGCAGAGUGGGAGGUUGGUUGUGAGGGAGUUUUGGAGGAGGGCUUUGAUUUCGAAAUCAAAAGUCAUCUUCAUAUCAUUCUCCACUCUCCAGAAACGUUUACCAUUUACUCCAGAUGUUUUUGUCUCGGCUCACAGUAAACCACUUGCUCAACUUCGUCGAGAGAUCGUAGCACAUUUACCUUCGCCUACAGCUCCUCCUUCAGCCUCUCAACAGAAAAUCCUCCUCAUAAUCGAUAAUCUCCAUCCACUCACAGCUCAUCCAGAGCACCUCUCCCCUUUCCUCUCUUCCCUAAUUAUCCACCCCACAAUCUCCCUGCUCUGUACUCACCACCUCGAUAUUCCUGUCCCCUCCUCAACAACAAAUCCCUACAUCCCCACUCCCCUCACAACUCUCCUCUUCCUUGCCACCGCCAUUAUCACCCCCCAAAACUUCACCCACGAAUUAGCACGUAAACGAGCGCGCGACAAGUCAGCACGCGAACCUGAAUUCGGCACCGCAGAAGGAAAAGAAGGUGUUCUUAUGGGUUUUGGCAAUAACGCUAGUGUCACCAGCGAUGCGAAAAAUGGGGAAAUAGUCCUAAUCCUCGAACUGCGACGGAAAUCCGGGAGAGGAACUCGUGAAAAUUUCAUCUACACACCGCCUUCACAUCAUACCACAUCUCCCACGACAAAAGACAUAGGAAGCAUUCAGCUUCUCGAUGAGCAUCCCGCAUUCGGGGUCCCGGAUAUUUCGGAUGUUGCAAUGGGCAAGGAUGAAGAGGAGGGAAUAGAGGGCGAUGUAACAUUUUCCCUGGGAUUGACCGAGAAACAGAAGAGGGAUAGGGAGAAUGUUGUACUGCCGUAUUUCGACGCGCAGAAAGAGGGAGGGAUUGGGAGUGGUGGAAAGAUUCUCUAUGAGAUGGGGGCGGAGGACAGAGAAGAUUUUGAUGAUGAGGAGGAUGAGAUUUAG